GUCUUUCUGGAUUUCCAGCCGUCCGCGACUGCUUUAAGCUUCGACGUCAACUUUAAAACACUGGCGGGUAAACAUGGAUUAGUUUACACGAGGUCCGUGACAAAAAGUAGCAACGAAAAGUCGGAAAAUACAGAAGCAACCUGCCGUACAGAGAAACCGCCUAGUGAGGGUAACUGACUCCACCCCUUCUGGUUCCUGAGCCAUAAAAGCACGACCAUCCAGCAUCACUACAUGACCAAGCAAUCAGAGAGAAAAAGUAGUGUCUUGGAAAUAAUAUUGCCCAGUGCGAUGUCUUCAAACUCUGACAGCACAAUAACCCAAUCCAAAGGCCUACAGACACAGACACCCAGCAGUUUGCAACUUUCCAUCUGUCACAGCCCAUCAAAAGUGAAGAAUGAUGAAACCACUAAGGAUCAGCAUGAGCUUCCCCUACAAAAUCUAAAGCUGGCAUCCCAUGAAGUACUGGAGAGAGCCCAGCAGGCUGGAAGGUCAAAGUGUUCCAAAUGCAGUAGCUCAAGAAUGUUUUAUUGUUAUUCCUGCUUUACUUUUGUUGGAGUAAGCGAGCAGGAGAUACCAAAUAUUAAGCUUCCUUUAAAGAUUGAUAUUAUUAAGCAUCCAAAUGAAACUGAUGGCAAGAGUACUGCUGUGCAUGCUAAACUGUUGGCACCAGAUGAUGUCAACAUUUUUAUAUAUCCUUGCAUUCCAGAUUAUGAAGGGCAGACUCAUGAGGUGGUACUUGUUUUCCCAGGGCCAGAGGCGGUUACAGUAGAAGAUAUUGUCAAUCGACUCCCAAAGGCAGCAAAGCCGAAAUCUUCAUUACAUGAACCCAUUCCAAAACGAGUUAAACUAGAGAAAAGGGAAAGAGGCAUUAGAUCGAUGGAUGAGGAUGUAACAGAAAAGAAGGGAAACAAGCACGUUUUGAAAAGAGUUGUAUUUAUUGAUAGUACAUGGAAUCAGACCAGUAAAAUAAUUACUGAUGAGCGACUCCAAGCUCUGCUUCAGGUUGAAUUGAAAACCAGGAAAAGUUGCUUUUGGCGCCAUCAGAAGGGAAGUCCCGACACUUACCUGUCUACAAUUGAAGCAAUUUAUUAUUUUUUGAUGGAUUACCAUCUGUACUGCUUGGAAGAGGAUUAUCAAGGAGAAUAUGACAACCUUCUGUUUUUCUAUUCAUUUAUGUUCCGGUUGAUCACCAAGGCAAAAUAUGCAGCAGGAAAGCUAUGAGGUGGGAGAAUUUUAGAAAGUGACUGAGCAUUGUUCUGUAUUUUUAACUAGCAAUUUAGAAUAUGACUGACUUGUCUUUUAAAAAUGACAGUUUGCAGUGCUCUCUUUUUAAAUGGCCUUUGCUCUGUAAAUUUUUUUUAAAACAUUCUUGCCAAAUAUCACUCGGUAAGUAAAAGUGCCAUCUGUAAUCCUGCACUAAAAAUGUCUUCAUCUCAUUAAACUGCCCAAAAAAUUAUUUCUGGGUAAUGAAUUAUAUAAUACAUUCUAAAAUGUUUGGUAGUUACCCCUUGAGAUGUGAUGAGUCUGUUAAAUGUCACUUUAGAGUCAUUUUCAAUUAAAAUAAAUUAUUAGUGUUUUUCAGUGGCCAAAGGUUUAACUGAUCAAACUAAGAAUGUGCUCUGCUUUGAAUCAGGUUUAAGAAGUCAAGAUGCCUCAUCUUGCAAUUAUUAUUUGUUUUCCCUGAAAGUCAUUGAUCCGCCUUUGUCAUUGUCAUAACUCGUUAGGAAAUAAAAAUAUAAUUAUGCUAAUGGACUUGUUGAAGUCAUUUUGUUGAAAAUAAGAUUUCACAGAAGAUUAAAAAAAUGUUUCCAACACAGGCCUUUCCCUACACAAAUCUCUCAUCUUAAUGAUAUAAUAUUACAGACCAUUGUGUACAAAAAAUUAACA